GAGGAUCAUGAUGAUGAUGAUGGUGAGGAGGAGGAUUGUAAUGAUGAUGAUAAUGAUGGCGAUGAUGCUGCUGAUGCUGCUGACGCUAAAAAGGGGGAUCAUGAAGAUGAUGAUGAUGAUGAUUACGACGAUGCUGAUGCUGAUGAUGAUAAGGAGCAUGAUGAUGAUGAUAGUGAGGAGUUGGAGAAGGAGGCAGGUCGUGGCCUUCUUGUCGUUUCCCUUUCCCCCGGACAGGGGGAACGAGGAGCCCAGGGCUCGAAGGGCCGAAUGGGAGAAAAAGGUAUGCGAGGAAAUCCCGGCUCCGUGGGCCCGCUCGGCCUGAAGGGAGUGCGAGGCAGCCCCGGCGAACGUGGCGUAGAGGGGAGACAAGGCGAGACGGGCCCUCCCGGCGACAAGGGGACACCCGGCUACCCGGGCCCCAUGGGCGACGACGGCGAGACCGGGCCCGACGGCUUGAUGGGGCCUCGCGGUGUCCGAGGACCAAAGGGUGAGGCCAAAAGAUAA